GAAAUACUACUUUCCUGAUAGGGUUUGCCUUUUAGGUCAAAGGUUGCUGAAGUCGAGUGAGUGCUGAGCAGAGCUGAACUUCGAAAGAAAGAUGGAGAACGCCACUUUCUCGCCAGUGUCCCGGGUUGCCAUUUGUGGUGGCACCCAUGGAAAUGAGAUGACAGGCAUGUACGUGGUGAGAGAAAUGCAGAGACAGGAGGCAGAUCAGACUGGAUCUGUUUCUAUAACCACCGUAAUAUCAAAUCCACGGGCUGUGGAGGUUUGCAGAAGAUAUACAGAAAGAGAUCUCAAUCGCUGUUUCACAAAAGCCUUGCUGAGUUCCCCCAUCACAGAUUCAACCCCCUACGAGGUGAGGCGCGCCCAGGAGAUUAACGCUCUGCUCGGGCCCAAAGAGAGCCAGGAGGCUGUGGAUCUGCUGUGCGACCUCCACAACACCACCGCCAACAUGGGCAUGUGCCUCAUCUUUUACUCCUUGGACUGGCUCACACUGCACAUUUACAAAUACAUUCAGAGCAACAUGACCUCUGCGCCUGUGAGAGCAUUGCUGAUGAGUUCACCCAAAUCUGAGGCUUACUCCUUGGAGUCAGUGGCGAUAGAAGUCGGUCCUCAACCCAACGGUGUGCUCAGAGCUGAUAUCUUCAACAUGGCGAAAGAGGCAGUGGAUCACACUAUAGAAUGGCUUCAUAAAUUCAAUUCUGGAAGUACUUUUGAAGAAGGUGAAGUGGAAGCAUACACUGUCGUGAAGAGUGUAGACUACCCAAGGGAUCCAACGACCAAUGAAAUUACUGCUACCAUUCACCCCGAGCUGCAGGAUAAUGACUUCAAGCUUCUGCAGCCAGGCGACCCCAUGUUCCUGUCUUUUUCUGGGGAGACGGUGAAGUACGAAGGAGAGGACCUCCACCCUCUCUUCAUAAAUGAGUGUGCUUACUAUGAGAAGAAGAUUGCCUUCCAUUUAGCCAAGAAGAUCACAGUGACCCUCCCGUCUAUAAGUGUGAAGAAGGACUGAGACAACGGAGACAGAAGGGAACCAAGACUUAAUUUACAUACUUCAAAUUAUAAUCACAGAGAUGUGUACACUAUAUGUAUAAUCAUGUUUUAAAUCAUAUCAACAAGAAAAAUGUACUCGCCUGUGCAGUGACUAAAUAUUCGACAGUUGCUGGACAUGAUAACAUGAUUACCUCCUUAUCCUUAUCACUAUACAAUACAGGAGCAGCUGUGCAACAGUGCGAUCUCUGGGAGGCAACAAAGGGUGUUUUUGUAUUAAAUCAGUUUAUUCUGUACUUAAGUGACAUGUAUACAUGCUGGAAUUAUAAUCUGUACCUUCUGUAUAAUAAUUAGACUAUGACAUUGAUAUUUUAUAAACUGUGGCAAAUAUGCAAAA